UAAAUCUGGGUUACCGAUAUGUAUCUCUCUUUGCUUUUCAGUUUUUGCCUUUUUUUUUUUUAAAUUGAAAAAAAAAAUUGUUUACAUUACUUUAUUUUUCCCUUCCAUUACUAUGUUCACAUCAAUCCUUUCUUGAUCUUCUAUUUAAAUAUGCUAUUAAAGAAUAUAUUUGGUACUUGAGAAUUUCAUUUCUCUUGUUGUAUACUAUCAUUACAUAGUUUCUCCAUUGUCUAGAUUGACAUAAAAUAUUAUUUGUACUUGAGAAUUUCAUUCUCAUGUUGUACUUGAGGGCUUAAUUUUUUUCAAUGGUGGCAUUAAAAUUCAAAAGUUAUUUGCCUAUUCAUUUGUAGGUCUUUGAUGUUGAUAUUCUAAUUCUCUUUAAUCUGAUGUUUUUCCAUUUUGGUUAUAAGAUGGUAAAGAACAAUGUAGUUAGUGGUUAGAGAAUUGAAACAAUAAAGCCAAAUUCCUACCAUGAGCUAAUAAAUAUUUGUAAUUUUUAUUUUAAUAUCUCAUCCAUUCCAUGAGUUAGCAACUUUUUAUUUAAUAUAAAAGCGAACAAAAUUAGAAGGCAUUAUUAGUUGCAAGUUUGUUUUGGUCUAUCUGUAGGCGGUGUGUGUCAACAACACUGGAAUAACAUUCUCAUAUUGAGAAUCCAUAACUUCAAUUUUGGUUCAAUUUUAUUCAUCAGAUUCUAAGAAGCUAAUCUUUAACUACAAAUUCUAUAAAGAAAACCAAGACAAAGACCAAGAGGAAGAAGAAGAAGAAGGCCAUAUUUGAACUAGCAUGUCAGACGAGGAAACUAAUUCAUGGCCGGUUGCGUUAAUUGUUUUCUUAAUCUUGAUCACAGGUAUGCUUGUUGCUGGAGAUUCUCUGGACACAGACAAAGAAGUCCUGCUAAAUCUGAAAGUAUUCUUUGAAGGAAAUAAUCAAAUAAACCGAGGAAAAUACUCACAGUGGAACAAGCAGAGCAAUAACCCAUGUGAAUGGCCUGGAAUAAAUUGCAGUACUACUACCAGAACAGCAAGAGUCACUAGCAUCGACCUCUCAGACAACAAAAUCUCCGGCAAGUUAUUCGGAAACUUCUCGUUGCUAACUGAGCUCUCUUUCCUCGACCUCUCCAAGAACACUCUCAGUGGAGUGAUUCCUGAGGACUUAAACCGGUGCCAAAACCUUGUGCAUCUCAAUCUCUCACAUAACAUUCUUGACGGCCACCUGAACUUGACAGGGUUGAAUAAGCUUGAGAAGCUUGAUAUUUCUGUCAAUAGAAUAUGUGGGGAGGUCCAGUUGAGCCUCCCAACAAUUUGUGACAAGUUGGUUGUGUUGAAUAUAUCGGCGAAUAACUUCAUGGGCGUGAUCAAUGGCAGUUUUGAUACAUGCCAGAAUUUGCAGUUCUUGGAUUUGAGCUCAAACAAGUUAAGUGGGGAAUUAUGGAUUGGUUUUGAAAGGCUGCUUGAGUUUUUUGCCUCAGAAAACAAUUUUAACAGGCCUAUUUUGUCAUCAAUGUUUGGUACUAACUGUAACCUGCAAGUUUUAGAACUGUGUGAAAAUGGUUUUACUGGUCAGGUUCCAGGGAAUAUAUCAAAUUGUCGAAAUUUGGUUAUUUUGAAUCUGUUGAGUAAUAAUUUUACAGGAAAAAUACCAGCCGAGAUGGGAUCAAUUUCUAGUCUUCAAACUUUGUACUUGGGGAACAACAGCUUUUCCAAUGACAUUCCUGAUUCACUUCUCAGCUUGAAUAAUUUAACCUUCUUGGAUUUGAGUAGGAACAAUUUUGGAGGAAAUAUACAAGAGAUUUUUGGGAAAUUCACUCAGGUUAAGUUUCUUGUAUUGCACAGCAAUUUGUAUAUCGGUGGGAUAUAUACAUCGGGAAUUCUCAAGCUUCCUAACAUUUCUAUAUUAGACCUGAGCUUCAACAAAUUUUCAGGUCCACUUCCAGUUGAAAUCUCUGAAAUGCCAAGUUUGAAGUUCUUGAUCCUUGCUUACAAUGAAUUUUCUGGAACUAUACCAUCAGAAUAUGGAAACCUGUCCCGCCUGCAAGCCCUUGACCUCUCUUUUAACUGGCUAAAUGGAUCAAUACCUCCCACCUUUGGAAAAUUGAGGUCACUCUUAUGGUUGAUGCUUGCCAAUAAUUCCCUAUCAGGGGAGAUUCCACCGGAUUUGGGAAAUUGUACAAGCUUGUUGUGGUUGAACCUUGCCAACAACCAGCUUUCUGGGAAAAUCCCACCUCAAUUGACAAAUAUUGGUACAAAUGCCUCUGCAACUUUCGAGUCUAAUCGCUGGGAAAAUGACCGGAUUGUUGGUGGCUCAGGGGAGUGUUUGGCGAUGCAGAGGUGGAUUCCUGCAAACUACCCUCCUUUCAGUUUUGUGUAUGACAUCCUCACAAGGAAGAGUUGUAGAAGCUUAUGGGAUUGGAUACUUGAAGGAAAUGACAUUUUCCCAAUAUGUGCAGCUGGUUUGUCAGGCAGGACCUUUCAAAUCCCCGGUUAUGUUCAACUAAGUGGGAAUCGGCUUUCAGGUGAGGUCCCUCCAGAUAUUGGUAAUAUGCAGAAGUUCAGUAUGUUGCAUUUGGGCUUCAAUGAAUUCUAUGGGAAGCUCCCUCCUCAAAUUGAGGAAAUGCCACUUGUAGUCCUAAACAUUUCCAAUAACAAGUUUUCCGGUGAAAUUCCUGGGGAGAUUGGUAACAUUAAGUGCCUGCAGAAUCUGGACUUAUCCUGCAACAAUUUUUCUGGCAUGUUCCCAGCAAGCUUUAACAACCUGAGUGAGCUAAGCAAGUUCAAUAUCUCAUACAAUCCACUGAUGUCUGGUGUAAUUCCAAUAACCGGGCAAUUGUCAACGUUUGAGAAGUCGUCCUAUCUCGGUGACCCCCUUUUGGAACUUCCAAAUUUCAUUGACAACACCUCAUAUAAGUUACCACGUAGUACCAAUGGCAAUCAUGAUGGGAAGACAAAAAGGCCUAAUAGCUCUUCUGCAUUCUUGGUGCUCCUAGCUUUGAUAUUGACUUUAUUAACAUUUGGGUCAUUCUCACUCAUAAUCGGCAUAGCUGGCCCCAAAAUUUGGGAGUAAGGCUUUUCUUCUUUUUCUUCUUGUCACUCAUAGUCUGCUUGACAGUGAAGAGUCCAUCAGAAUCACUGUGGCAUCUAUUAGAGGAUACAAAUUACCAACAUGAAACUGAAACUUUUUUGUUGAAAGUACCGUAGAUAAAAGUAAAAGUUAGCUGAAA